GAAUCUGGUGUAACGAAAAUAUUCUUAUAAAAUAAAUUAAUUGCAAUAAAUAAUAAUAGAUGUCUUAAAUAAGUACUCGUCGCGAAUAUAAACAUUAUUUGUCAUUAUCAUUAGUAUUCAAAUAUUUAUAUACAUUUAUGGAGGUUAAAGACAAAUAUGUACAAUUUUCUCGAUAAACUAAAGUUCAAGAUGGACGCUCUGUAACUCGAAUAAUACUCGAAAUAUCUAUGUGUAACUAACUUGACAUAUGUACAUGAAUGUAUUUAUUGGAAUGCAUCAAUGUAACUUUUCUAAAAUUUUGUAUUCCUAACAAAAUUUGUUAAUGAGUAUCCCAAUAAGCAAAUGCAAUACCAUGCAAACUGUAUAAAUAAAGAUGUUAUGAAACGAACUAUUGUAAUUCACGGAGAUAAUGACUGUGUAUUUAAAAUGUUGAUAAGGUUAAAUGUCGACGUGUCGGGAGGAUAAUUAUUUUAGUUAGUUUUUUCAAAGAUACGCAUGACUUGCCACGAAGUACAUUUGAACAAUAUUCUUGUACAAAAUUCUACAGUUAUAAGUUCGUGCGAAAUAACGUAUAUUUUUUAAUAGUGUCAUUACACCUUACUGUUACUUGUGAUGAAAAAGUACACAAAAUAAUAAAAAAAACAAUGUCUAUAUGAAACGUUUAAAAUUAAUCGUGAAAGUCACUCGAAGAAGUUUUAAAUAUUAUUCUUAAAAUUUAUGUACUUAAAUAUUUGUAAACAAUGUCAUGGAUAAGAGAUAGCACGUUAAGUUGGUUGCAACUUUUGGCAACAAAAGUUAUAAAAACUGGGCAUAUUCCUAAGCAUGUGGCAUUUAUAAUGGAUGGUAAUAGACGUUAUGCGACUAAAAAUGGAAUAGAAAAAAUAGAAGGACAUACAAAAGGAUUUGAUAAGUUUGCGGAAACUCUACAAUGGUGUAGAGAUGUUGGUAUAAAAGAGGUGACAUUUUAUGCCUUUAGUAUUGAAAAUUUUAAAAGAAAAGAUGAAGAAGUGAAUGGACUUUUGAAUCUCGCAGAGCAAAAAUUUCGACGUCUUCUAGGUGAAAAAGAUAAAGCCAAAGAAUAUGGUUUAUGUGUUCGUAUAAUUGGUAAUUUGUCACUAUUACCUCAAAAUAUACAAGAAUUGAUAGCAGAAACUAUGAUUUGUACUAAAGAUCAUACUAAAGUAUUUCUUAACAUUGCAUUUGCUUACACAUCAAGAGAUGAAAUUACACAUGCCAUUAAGGAUGUAAUUGAGGGUGUUCAAGGUGGUGAUAUUCUUCUGGAUGACAUAGAUGAGAAUUUAAUUUCUAAUUGCUUGUACACAAAUAAUUCACCAAAUCCUGACUUAUUAAUUCGUACUUCUGGAGAAGUCAGAUUUAGUGAUUUUCUUAUGUGGCAAAUAUCAAACACGUGUGUUUAUUUCACUACCGUGCUAUGGCCAGAAUUUAAUGUGUGGGAUUUUCUUAAUGCAAUAUUUUAUUAUCAAAGAUGUUAUUCUGAUAUACAAAAGAUAAUUAAAAUACAAAAUGUGAAGCCGAUAAUACAAAAUAGUAGACAAUUGACAUACAUUGAUAAGUUACAUCAUAAAAGACAAAUUGCACUUGAACGUAUAUAUCCAGGAAAUAUUUAAACAUGGUACUGAAGUGACAUAUUUAAAUAAUAUUGAUCAUCAUUAUUUGAUAAAAAUUUAUAUAUUCUACUUUGUAUAUUUAUGUAAACAAAAUGUAUGUCUUUAUAGAAUUUUGCAUUUAUUAUGUAUAUAAAAAUAGUUUUGAAAAGUAGAUUCUUUCUGCAUUUUUUAAGGGUGUUAAAAUAUGUACAAAUAUGAAAAUUAUGAAUGAUUCGUAAGUCUUGUUAUAUUCUUAUAAAAAAAAUCUAUAGAUAUUUUUAUGCUGUGUGAAUUUCUUUAAAAAUUGAAUUUAAUAUAUAAAACUUCACAGAUGGGUAAAAUUUUAUUUGAGUAAUAGAUAAGGGAUAGAAACAAUAUAUAGCGAUUCGUUUAGGGGACGAAAUAUUUAAUUCUGUAAUUCAAAUUCUAAUUUUUAUUGAAAGUGUUAUGGAUUUUGUUCAUCUCGGUAAGAUGUAUGUUGACAAAGUAACGGAACUUUUGUGUGUACACAUAAAUUUAUCCUUUCUUUUAUUUUGUGUGUUUACAAGCUUGUAUAUUAUUUGAUGUAUUACAUAUAUAUAUAUAUAUAAAAUUUACAAAUAAAAUAAUAUUUUCUUGAAAUAUCCUGUACAUUACAUUUGUUGCAGCGUACUGUUGGCUUAUUUUUUAAUAUUCUUUCAUUUUUGCCUUUAUACAUCACAAUUGACAGCCUUUUAUAAAUCCUUUCCAUAAAAAUUAAAAUUUUCGAAAUCUUCUAGCAUACAUCUACAAUCGUAUAAGGUAUGUUCAUUAAAUAAAUAUUACGCAGCAUGUAAUAUAAAUAAUAGGAGGCACAUUAUUGUAGUUCUUACUAGGUAGAAACAUACAAACCUAUGCAUUUUUAUAUUUUGAUAUUCAUGUAACAUGUACACAUAUUUAAAAAUAAGUAACAUGUAUUAUAUAUACAAUUGUAUACUGUAUUAUAAUUUCACACCUAUUUUUACAAAAAACCAUUUGGGAAUUGUGUUAAUUUAUUGGUAAUCAAUCUUUCAUCAAUACUUAAUUGAUAUUGAAGUUUUAUAGAUUGUAUAAGACAUAAAGCUUACUAUUAUAGCAUGAAAAAAAAAAAAAAAUAAA